AUGCAUGAAAGUCAUUUCUAUCAUGAUCUUCAUGAUCUAAAACAUGAGGUACAUGCAAAAGACUCGAGUAACUUGGUUCACAAUUGUAAUGACAUGUCAAAAGUGUCAUUUAGGGCUAAGGACUGUGGGAAGACGUGUUCAUCAGAUGGGGUUCAAGUGAUGUACGAGGAAAGACAGAAGGAGGAUGCACAACUAAAAGUGGAAUCCAAAAGGAAAUGUUUUGCAUGUGAGGUGUGUGGCAAGGAAUUGUCUCAAAAGAGUCACAUCAGCAUUCACAUGAGAGUCCACACAGAGGAGAAGCCAUAUAACUGUGAAAUUUGCAACAAUACCUUCUCACGAAAAAAAUUUGGUGAGCAUAUGAGAAUACAUGCAAGUAACCUAGUAGCACACACUAGAGUACACACCAAGGAGAAGCCAUACAGUUGUGAAAUUUGUAAGAAGGACUUCACACAGAAAUCUAGUCUAGCAAGGCAUAGGAAAGUACAUACAAAGGAGAAGCCAUACAGCUGUUAG